UGAUGGGUGCUUGAGCCCAUGACCCUGUGCAGGGAGCCCUGCAACCAGGCCUGAGCUGGGAAGGGACCUCCAGGGACAAGUGGCUCUUCUGUCCCACCCUGGGCUGCAAUGGGGCAGCAAACUGGGACACCAGCCUGGACACUUCCUCCUUCCUUGGCUGCUGUGGCUUGUCCCCAUGCACCAGCUCUCCCCAUCCCUGUGCCCUGUGCAGAGGCUGGAUGGAUGAUGCUCAGCUCAGCAUGAGCAGGGAGCCAUCCCCAGGGGCUUGGCCAUACCUGAGGGCAUCCUUCAGGUGGUUUCAGGAUGCUGCUGACUUGGCCCUCCCAGGUGCAGCUCAAAACAGCCUUAUUUGCACCUUGGGAAAGCCACUUUUCCCUGGCUGCAGAGCCUGGCCCCUUUCCUGCCCUGCUUGCAGAUGGAGUGGAUUAGCCAGCAGAGCAGCCUUGAUGUGCACCCGGCUUGGCCACAGGGCUGGACUCAGGAGCACCUCAGGAAGAAGGUUUGAGCAAAGAGCAGCAGCCAAAGGGGAGAGCACCCACAGGACUGGGGAUGGAGGUCAUGGCUCCUGCCACCAUCAAUGCCUUGAAUGGCUCCUCCGUGAAGCUCUCCUGCACCUUCAACUCCUGCUACAAGGUGGAGAACAAGCAGUUCUCCCUCAACUGGACGUACCAGGAGUGCAGGAACUGCUCUGAGGAGCUGUUCCUGCAGUUCCGGACGAAGAUCAUGAACAAGCAGCUGGAUCGCUUUGGGAACCGCGUGGAGUUCACGGGGAACCCUGCCAAGUACGACGUGUCCUUCACCCUCAAGAACGUGCAGCUGGAGGACGAGGGCACCUACAACUGCUACGUCCUGAACCCCCCGGACCGGCACAGGGGCCACGCCAGCAUCAGCCUCAAGGUGCUCACCAAAGAGCCUCCAAAGCAUGACUCGACGGUGGCUGUCAUCGUGGGCGCUUCUGUAGGCGGCUUCUUGGCCGUUGUGAUCCUGGUGCUGAUGGUGGUGAAAUGUGUGCGCCGGAAAAAGCAGCAGAGGCUGAACACAGACGACCAGAAGACAGAGGAGGAAGGGAAGACAGAUGGUGAAGGCAACCCAGAUGAGGGCACCAAGUAACACACCCCCAUCCCUCCUUCCCUCUUCACCCUGUACAGCGUGACCCCUUCAUGUGCUUCCCCAAGCAAGGAUUUCUGUCUUCCCCAGAGCAUCCCUCCUUCCAUCUAAACACCCAACCCAGCCUGGAGCAGGGCGCAGAGAGCAGGUCCCUGGAGCCUGGCCACAGCAGGCAGGGCUGGGGAUGGUGGCUGAAGCACAUCGGGGCUGCCCUUGGGGCUCUGAGUGCCAGAGCAUUGCGUGUGCCCAUGGGGAAGUGCUGGGGACAGGGUGGUGUGGGACAGGGGUGAUGAGCAUGGUCCCCAUGCAUGGAGGGGAUGGAGCAGCAAGUGCCAGCAGGGGCAGAGAGGGGCUGGGCUGUGGGCCUCAGCACCCUGUCCACUAGAAGAAGAGAGAAGGAGCCAGCGGCCAGCACUGUCUGCCCUCGGGGUUACAUCUCACCCCCAGGAUGUUCCUGUGGGUCCGAGGGCACAGGCACUGAUGUACCUGUCCCUAAGGGAUCCCAAUAGCUGUCUGUCUCCUCCUUGCAAGUCCUGUGUGCCAGUGCUGAGGGUGCUGUGACAGAAGCUUGUGCUCCUCAGGGACUGUCCCAGCCUGCUCGGAAGCUGGGUAAUGACCAUUAGCUCACACAGUGUCUCUGAGCUUUGCUGCUUUUCGGAGCCGCUAAUGGCUCCUGGUGUGUAACGGAUGUUCCCUUCUGCCUCUCGGGCUAUUUUUGGGUCUGAGCAUCUCAGCCAGAGGUGCUGGGCUGACUUUUUGUGCUCGUUUCCUUCUUAGGGAGGGUAAUUCUAAUGGAAAAUGCUCUACUGAUGUGCCAAACCGAGGUGGUGGGGAGUGGUGGGGUGUGACUGCUAGGGACAGAUCACUGCUGGGAAGAGGAGGAGGUUUGGGGCGCUUGCUGGGAAGGACUGGGCACAGAUGCAGGACCCUGUGAUGCUGAGAUUGCCUUCUCCAUCCUCCCUGCACAGCACUGCACAACCUGUAACUGCCAUGGCAAAGCACUGCCAGCCUGGCCAGCCCUGGGCCCUGCAGUGCUGGCUGCUGCUGCCUCAGCCCCAUCCAUGGUCCAGCUCUUGCCCUGCUUUGGCAGCUCCCUCAUGCGCCCCAGGAGCUGCCCUGUGUG